AUGACAUCCCGCAAUUUGUUCAGCUCUGAACCGCGGAGACGCCGGAGCGCUCUUGCCUGCAAUACCUGUCGAGGCAGGCGGACCAAAUGCGACGGCAAGCGUCCCAAAUGCUCGUUCUGCUUCGAGCGUGGGAAAGACUGCUUCUAUCACGAGGUGCAGGAUCUACCUCCAUCUCCUCUAAGGGCGGAGCUCUCGAGGCUGUGGGAGCAGCUGGACCAUAUCACUGCCGUAGCUCAGGGCCGCACGUCGCGGAACUCGCCAUCUCACUCUCCGCGACAGGGGUCUAACUCUCCAACUACCCAUGGGAAGUCGUCGAAGUUCCCAUUCAUGAUACUUCAGAGUGAAGCAUUUAUGAACUUGGUCGGCGUUGAGGGAUCCCUGGCUGUGGGCCUGGAGGAGAUAGAGCGCGGAAGACAAACCAUGCCCGCUCAGACAAGGCGCACGGAUCUCGUGAGGGUUGAUCUUGAGGAGGCAUCAGUACAUCUCCUUGCGUUUCGAGAACAUAUCCAUAUCUGGUAUCCGAUCCUGCAAACAGACUAUACCGAGGACUUUAUCGAGGCAAGUAGGUCAUGUUUUGACACGUCUAUUACAUCCUGCGUCUGCCUACUUGUCCUGUCUAUCGGAUGCGCGGUGGGACGCGAGUCCGUCGCGGGCACGAGACAAGUAGGGUCAGAGUCGGUAUACCUCGGGCCCGCCACAGAUAUGCUCCCCUGUGUAUUCGCAGACACUAGCCCAGCAAGUGCCCAGUGCCUUCUAUUGUUCGCGAUAUACCACUUGUGCUAUGCACGACCGUGUCAGGCGCACGAUUUUGUCGCAAUGGCGUCGUAUAAACUGCAGAACUAUAUCUUAAAUGAGCUCGACACCGAGGAUGACACUACAAAAAAGGCACUUUUGGGGAGCUGUUUCUGGUCAGCUCUAUUAAUUGAAAGCGAAAUUACUGUUCAGCUUAACCUCGUCAACAGUGGCAUCUGGAGCAUGGCCCCAUUCGUCUCGCCCCCAACAAUCCAGACCACCUGGACCUGGGAUCCAAACCCACUCUCCGACUCUUCCCUACCCGGCAGCGAUCUCUCCUACUUCGUCGCGGAGAUCGCGAUGCGCAAAAUGCUGCAGCGUUGCACAUGGGCAAUAAGGACCCCGGCGGACGGGGGCAACAUCUACGCGCCCAUUGUCGCAGCGGAGCUUGAGCGGCAGCUGGACGAGUGGCUACAGUUACUCCCGAGCCACCUGUCCUUCGGGCGCGCCUCCCCCACCUUCGGAUCUCGCCCGCAGGGGAACGCAGGGGAUAUUGCACACUCGGCACAGGUUGCCUUUCUCCGCGCGCAGUACUUUGCAUUCAAGGCGUCCAUAUAUUGGCCGGCGGUCUACGAGGCGCUUACGACGGGCGAGCCCAACGGUGAGCUUGUUCGCCACUCACACUAUUUUUUUACAAGCUACGCUGAGUUUGUUCCGUGUGCUGCGGCAGCCAUAGCUGUCUGCAGGCCGAAUCUCUGGACAUUGUGCACUAGUGUGUUCACAAUCUCAAUGGCGGCGCUGGUUGGCUUGAUGAAUCCAUGCUUUGCCGGGCUUAGGUCUCGAGAUGUGGUCAACAGUUUAGAUUUAGCAGUUCAAGUUUUUGACCGGGUUAUGCAGGUGAGCCCCUCGUUGACGGAGAUGGGUGUAAUUUUGAAGGAGAGGAUACAACUGUAUCAUGCGAGGUACACAUAG